UGGUCUGGCCCAUCCAAAACUGGAAUCCUGGCGCCGUGCCUGCAGACAAGGUGUGGUGGUUCAGCCUGCUGAUGUGGAGAAAGGAAAACGAAACCAAACAGUGAGCUGUCGACGUACUGGCAACAAAAUUCUUCAACAGUCUCAGUAAGGGAUUUUAGCAGAUUCAGUCAACACGAGUAUAUAAUAAGGUGAGGCCACAAUAAGGAACUGAAACAACGAACCGAGAAGAGAAACAUGUCCGCUGCAAGAAAGGAACUCCAGGAGGCCUUGUGCUGCUACACCGCAGAUACCCUCAUCUACAUCGACACAGUGAGAGAAUUCUGUGACAAGAACCCCAAAUGGAUGCUUGGGAGGGAGACAGAGUUGGAAAUGAUGAGGGACAUCAAAGACAGGGCUGACAACAUCGACCUAAGCAUCGGCCAUGUUAGACAGUCAAAGAACAAAGGUAAGGCCUUUUGGGAAUAUAUGAAGAGCAAGGUGACCCAGGUGACUGCAGACAGCAGGCGUGCAGAGCUGGAGACGGAGCUGGCUGCUGUGCUGAAGGACACUCUGAGAGGCCUGGAGAAGCUCAACUGCUUCCUGGAUGCUGUGGAGAAUCUUUCGGUCACCUCACUUCAUGUGUUCAUGGAGGAGAACCAGGUGUUACAUCUGCCAGAAGGGAUCAGUCCUGAACAUGUUCAGGUUGUCGUCUCUGCUGCACAGAUAAUCUGCCCUCAUCUCCUCGAGUUUAAAAGAGAUGCAAGCAACUUCUUCCUUCCCAAACUUCAGAAUGUGGAAGUGCUGGCAUAUCAGCUGGACAAAUACAUAAAGACCACCCAGAAAAUCUGUGAGAAGUUAGAGAAAAGCUCCUUAAGUGACUUUUACCUGGAGAUGAACGAUGACUCUCUGGUGGACCUCGAUGUGGAUUUGUCUGAAGAUGACAUACAAAGGAUGCUUCAUCACAUUAAUCAGCUCGAUGAAAUCAGGUAUCAUUUAGCCACGAUGAACCAGAGCUUCCGUACGGUGUUCUUGUAUCAGGACGAGCCGUGUUCUGGCUUCAUCGAUAUGUUCAGCGAGCGACAGCCCCGGAUGCUGCAGUUCCUAAAAGACCUGGAGGAGAAUGCUGUUCAGCUCGACAGGAUGAACACGGGGGCAAGGAUCUCCAGUGUGGCUGGCAGCUCAGUGGGGGCAGUUGGAGGUGUGCUUUCCAUCAUUGGUUUGGCAUUAAUUCCUGUAACAGCUGGAGCGUCUUUAGUGCUGACAAUGACUGGGGUAGGGCUGGGAAUUACCAGCGGAGUCAACAGUGCUGUCACCACUGCCACAGAGAUUGGAGUAAACGUUACACAACAGAAGAAAGCCAGUGAAGUCUUCCAGAGCUUCAUGAAGGAUAUGCAGGAUCUGCAGGAUUGUCUGAAGGUCGAGAUCAAAGAGGAAACAAGCCAGAUAGAUGUGGUUGUGGGAGUUGGCAAGAUGCUUGGUAAAGCUGGUGCUAUUGUAAACAGCAUUGAUUCUAUUGUUGAUGCUGCCUCUGCUGUAAAGAUGUUAAAAAGUGAAGAGCUGAUUGCAAGUGCUGGCAAAGUGGCAGUGCAGGAAGUAAAAGCCUUACGUAAUGUGCCCAGAGUGGCAGCAGAUAUCCCAGAUAUCGGACAGGCAGCAGUCAAAGGACCUCUUGCUCUCUCCAAGUCAGCCAGGGCCGGGCUCAUCGGGCUCAAUGCUCUUUUCCUCGGCAUGGAUAUCUUCUUCAUCUGUAAGGACAGCAUCAGUCUGGCCAAAGGCAGCAAAUCUGAAGUCUCUCAGUUCAUCAGAGCCAGAACUGCACUUUGGCGCUCAGAGUUGGACUCAUGGCAGAAGAUCCAUGACUUCCUGUGUGAAGGUCGGCUGACAUCAGAGGAAAACAAAGCUAUCCUGGAGACCCCAUUUUAUCCAGAGAAGGAGAUGAAGAAAGAAAGAAAAACAGAAAUGGAAAUUCAUUUUGAUUAAGUGGAUGAAAGAACAAAAAUUAAAGAGAAACAAAUUGUGUAAUACAGUAGUGCUCAGUGAACAGAAACAAUUAGCCUACUUCAUUCAUGUGCCUUUAUGCUAACCAAUUCAUGUCAAUGUAUUAAGAUUCAAACUGUAAAUCAUUGAUCAGCAUCAAACAUCAUUUAAGUCUAUAUGUAAUGCAUUAUAUGUAUCAUUCAGUAUUACAUCGUAUUAAGAAUAAUUUUAAGUGAAUGAUAAAAUUACUACUUAACACUAGAAAUGCCAUUUCCAAUUAUUCAAUCAGUGUGAUUUACUAUAAUCAGUGUCUUAUAAAUAAGAGCAGAGCACAAUACUCUGAUUAUUUUGUAUUAGAAAAAUGUUUUUAAGGUGCUUUU